UGCUCGAUUUGCGCAUGCGCGUUAUUGCCCCGACUAUACCGUCUGCUUUGUUGGGACCAUCGAUGCUGCUGGGACUCUCAGCGACUCCGCUUUUAUUGUUGACCGAUGAUGGAGUAGAGUCAAGCGUUAGCUACUUAUUCAACAUCCUAUUUGUGAUUUAAGGGAGUAGCGAGCACAGUAUUUUUUUUUUUUGUCUUUGACGCCGGAGACGACAGAGGCGAGGAGCUCCUGUAUAUAAACAAAACACAGCGCGAGCUGCUUUUAAGGUGGCACGUCAUCGGCGACAGCUGGAACAACGAGAGCAGGCUCCCAGGCCAGCUUGGUCCUUCGGCGAGCUCGACGCGGAGGAGCUCGGUGUCCAGAAAAUGGAAGUCUUCGCUCGGCCUCGUCUGGAGUGAAACUCCGUAACGAGCGAACAUGAGCGAGGAGGGUCGUUUGUUGUCUGGACGGCAGCUCCUGGCGAGUGAAAGAGGGGGUGACUGUACCUGCUGCUGCCCCCGCUUGACUGAGGAGAGAGGCGAGCUUGUUAGCAAAAAGGGUGACCGCAGGCCCCCCGGUUCUCUGGCCCGGUCCAAAUAGUGCUUAAGCGGACUGAGGUGCAGCAUGGAGACGGUGGGCAGAUUCGAGUUCAGUCGGAAGGACCUGAUCGGACAUGGCGCAUUUGCGGUCGUCUUUAAAGGCCGAAACCGGGAGAAACAUGAUUGGGAGGUGGCAGUCAAAUGUAUCAAUAAGAAGAACCUGGCCAAAUCCCAGACACUGCUGGGAAAGGAGAUCAAAAUACUCAAGGAACUCAAGCACGAAAACAUAGUUGCAUUACUGGACUUUCAGGAAACUGCAAGCUCGGUGUACCUAGUGAUGGAGUAUUGUAACGGCGGUGACCUGGCCGACUACCUGCACGCAAAAGGCACGCUGAGCGAGGACACGAUUCGAGUUUUCCUGCAGCAGAUAGCGGGUGCCAUGCGGGUCCUGCAGGCGAAAGGCAUCAUCCAUCGGGACCUCAAACCCCAGAACAUUCUGCUCUCCUACCCACCCGGACGGAAAUCCCACUCCACCAACACCUGCAUCAAAAUUGCCGACUUUGGUUUUGCCAGGUACCUUCAGAACAACAUGAUGGCAGCAACUCUCUGCGGGUCACCGAUGUACAUGGCACCCGAGGUCAUUAUGUCCCAAAACUACGACGCCAAGGCUGACUUGUGGAGCAUCGGGACCAUCGUGUUCCAGUGCCUAACUGGCAAGGCUCCUUUCCAGGCCAGCAGUCCCCAGGAUCUUAGGAUGUUUUACGAGAAAAACAAGAAUCUCAGCCCCAACAUUCCCAGAGAGACUUCCAGCCAUUUGAGGCAUCUGUUACGGGGCCUGCUCCAGCGCAAUCACAAGGACCGCAUGGACUUUGAUGAGUUUUUUUCUCAUCCCUUCUUGGAGGCCACCAGCUCAUCCAUAAAAAAGACAACUCCCCCAGCAGUGACCAUGACCUGCUUCCCAAGUUCCGCUUCAGCCAGCUCUUGCAGCAGUUCUUCCACCUCGCACCUGGCCUCUCCACCGCAAUCUCUUGGUGAUGCGCAGCAUUUACGUGCCAAAGCGCUGGCCUCCCCCACCCAAGAGGCCGCCGGGUUUCUCCUCAAGGAUUCAUCCGGAGGAGGCGGCAGCAGCAAGAACUCCUCCUCCUGUGACACGGACGACUUUGUCAUUGUGCCCGCUCACUUCAAUGCGGGUGAGCUGACGAGUGAGAGUAAAGUGCUGCAGGACAGUCUCAUGAACAGCGGCUCCCUCCUGACAUCUGGUUUAUGCGUCCAAGCCAAAUCGCCACCACACUCGCCCUCCUACAGUGGCUCCCCCAGUCGUAUCAGGCCCAAUGAGUCCUCGGGGAGUAACUAUGCUGGCCCCGGUGGAAAUCACGGUCACUCCUUGCCAAUCCCAGUUCCCACUCAGGUGCACAACUACCAGCGCUUGGAGCAGCAUAUUUAUACCGCCAAACAGGAAGGCUCGCCCCGGCUGUCCACUCCGGUGCACCGUUGCAGCAGUGGAAGUCCGCUGGGCUUUGCGAGGACCGGGCCUUCUCCACCUUACGGAACAGUGACCGCCACCCGAAGGCUCUCACUGGGAGGGGCAAGACCCUUUCAGCUCUCCCCUCAAGCAGCUCAGCAUGCUGAAUCCAGGCCGACGACUCAGAAACACUCCCCAGUGGCCACAGGAUUGGGGACACGCCUCCACAGCGCCCCCUGUCUUUUAGAGUGUACCACUGGCGGUGGCAGACAGAAGAUCCGAAAGCAGCACUCAGACCCGGUGGUGGUCCCCACAGCAGGCUUGAUGACGGUUCGCCCCCUGCACUCGUCCCCCCGCCUCAGUGAGCUGAUGCAGCGAAGCCCACUGCCCACCAUCCUGGGCUCCCCCUCGAGGACUAUGCCCCCGUUUGAAUUCCCCAAACCCCCCAGCUCUCCAAACCUUGUCAACUUCCUGACACAGCAGGGUUUAGUGGUGGGCUCUCCCAGCAGCAGGCCUAUGCAAAUCGAGCCCCGAGACGCUGGACAGCCAACGCCCACGCAGUGCCCUCAGCCUUCUCACUGCAUCCACAGGAUGAAUGAUGAUACCAGGGGAUUUGGAAGAUCUCAGAGCGCCGGCCUCCUGUCCGACAUGUUGCUGAUGGCAGCCUUUGGAACAGUGAGUGACCGAGGCAGCACAGAGAAUCUGGCCUGUGAAAAAGCUAUGGACAUAGCAGUGCCCUCCGGUGGUGUCCUAUGUCCGGCACCGGGCUCGUGCAGCCCAGCACAGGUGGUCUUCACCAUCGGCUCGCCUCCCAGUGGCGGCACCCCACCUCAGGCCUCCAGACAGAGGAAAUACUCCGGCUCCUUUGCAUCAGUCAGCCCUGCGGGCUCCUUCACCAGCCGCUAUCCCCAGGCGGCCACCUACGGCGACGGCUUUGAGGCCUCUUCCAGCCCUCGUUACAAUUUUUUUGAUCCCAUCACCGCCAACAUGGGCGGUCGUAUCACCUUCGAGGCCCCUGAGCUUCCUGAAGAGACCCUGAUGGAGCAGGAGCACACAGACACCGUGCAGAGCCUGCGCUUCACGCUGGAUUUCGCUUGCUGUCUGAUGGAGGUGGCCGGGGCCCGCGGCAUCACAUUGAUGGGGGUCCCGGUUGAUCCCGCUCACCCUCACUCCUUGCAGCAGCAGAGCCUGGUGGCGGAUCAGAUAAGCUCCCUGAGCCGAGAGUGGACCCACGCAGAACAGCUGGUUCUGUACCUCAAGACUGCAGAACUCUUGUCUACCGCCAUACAAACAGCCAUGGAGCAAGUGAAACACGGCAAACUUUACCCGUCGGCUACAGUCAAGCAAGUUGUGAGGAGGCUGAAUGACUUGUACAAAUCCAGCGUGGCAUCGUGUCGCUCUCUCAGCACCCGUCUGGAGCGCUUCUUUUCCAAAAAGCACCGACUCAUGGACAAAAUCACCUCCAUAACAGCUGAAAGGCUGCUCUUCAGCCACACCGUGCAGAUGGUUCAGUCUGCUGCUCUGGAUGAGAUGUUCCACCAGGGGGAGGCAUCCGUCCAUCGUUACCACAAAGCCCUCCUGCUGAUGGAGGGCCUCUCUCUGCUUCUCACCGAACAGGAAGACAUUCUCAGCGUGAGCAAAUGUAAAGAGUGUAUUGAGCGGCGCCUCACAGCCUUGCAGUCCGGGCUCUGCGUUUGAGAGCCCCUCCUACAUGAUGUCACCUAUCGGCUCAUUACCAACGGACUUCAUCCCAUCACCUCAGGUCACGUCAAAAAUCACAAACUCUCUUAAAGUUGACAACCUAAGCUUUGGAUUACGGCCUCCAUUUCCCUAAAGCGAAACUGAUGUUGGUCGUGAUGCACCUUGCUGCAUUCUGACUCACGUGAGAGACCGUUUGGCCAAUUAAGAUUCCCCGCCAGCCCACCCCCAUUUGAGGCAACCUGCAGGAGCACGUACGGCCAAGUAGUCAUAUAUCCCCGCGCGCAGUACUCGCCAUGACAUAUUUUGAAGACGGACCAGUCUACUGCAGUGGACAACCGAACAAGCCUUUGUGGUUCAUCUUUAUGGAGGUACUUUGAGCUGUCCGCCUACAUUGGAGGUACAGUUACAGUAGACAUGUUGAAGAAAGCUGGAGGAAGUCAAAUAUCAUUCUCAUAUUAUCUAUGUGCACAUUAUGCCACUUCCUCGUGUGUGUGUGUGUUUCAAAGCAGUUCAUGAGUUGCUUGCUAUAGUGUACAUAACAUUGCUACAACUGGACGACAACUUCUGCCAAGACGAUAUAAAGCCUUUUUAUAAUGCGUUUGAUUUUAGCUCUAUAAUAAGUAAGUAAGUUGGUUUGACACUUUACGGACUUGCUUUUCAUAAGGAAGGCGACAACUGGUGGAGAACAAUGUUUUCCAACAUUGCGUCAUGUGGGUCCAAACAGGUGGAAGAGGCACGCUUCGCAGUUUCUGAUUAGAACUGCGCUAACGAUGCCACGCUAACUGGAGGAUGUUUGUCUUGUGUACAGUCCUUGACCACCACCCCCACCCCGCCCCACCCCACGUGGUUCCUUCUUUCUUCUUUACAUCAUUGUAUUUUAAUCAAUCAUCGUCGGCGCCAAUGCGAAUGUAUAGGACAGGAGAGAAGCCGCGUCAAUGUUGGGGGCUGCUUGGCGGCACAUGCCCGAAUGUUUUUUUGCACUGUUGAAGUACUGUACAGAGUGGAACAUGCUACACGUGUCACGUAUUGUUUUGUUUGUUUGGAUAUACUUUGACUGAUAGCUCCUUUCUAUUUCCACUUCCUUUUCAUGGAGUGCAGUUGUAUCGUAGUUACUGUGUGUUUGGUGUGAGAGUGUUCAUUAACAGAGGGAUGCUGUGAACGCGGAAAAGAAAAAUACGGUAAAAGCUUUAUGGUGAGGAGGGUUAGGUUUAAAAAAAAAA